AUGGAUUCUUCAUCGAUAACUGAUGCGUGUAUGAAUAAUGAUCUUUAUAAGGUCCAACAGUUUGUUGAAGAUUCGGCAGAUGUGUUACUUAUGAGGGAUGAUGAUGGCAGAGUACCCUUACAUUGGGCAGUAUCGUUUCAGAAUGAAGAGAUAGCAUUGUACCUGCUAUCCCAUAUGGAAACUGUUGAUAUCGAUGAGCUGAAGGACAAGGCCGGUUGGACUCCUUUUCACAUCGCUUGUGCGGUAGGGAAUAUGAACAUAGUCAUUGAGCUGUGUAACAGACGGCUGAAGCCUGAUAUGAAUUUAUCCACUGUUCAAGGUAUCACGGCACUACAUCUAGCGGUAUCGAAGAAACAUAUGGAAGUGUGUAAGUUUCUAGUUGAUAACGGUGCAUCUGUGAGAAUCAAGGAUAAGAAACUACAGAUACCACUUCACCGAGCUGCCGCUGCUGGUUCAAUGGGUCUUAUUGAGUUACUUUGUAAGGCCCAAAGUCCUAUCAAUGUACAGGACUAUCAAGGAUGGACGCCAUUAUUUCACGCAUUGGCUGAAGGCCAUGGCGAUGUUGCAGUGCUUCUAGUGAAUCAAUAUUACGCCGAUGAUCAAUUAGAAGAUCACGACGGUAAGAAAGCACUUGAUGUUGCACUCGAUGACAAAGUGAGAAAACACUACAUACAGAAUAUUCUUUGA